AUGACUAAAGUUUAAUUCCUUUUAACUUAAAUGAUCAUCCUAGCAUACUCAUGCUCCUAUCUUAAUAACAAUACAAUCUUCCUCACAGGUACUUUAUAAGAAGUAAUUAAUGUUCCACUUUCAUCUAUAUUUCAUCAUGAUGAUUAUGAAAGAAUUACCUUAAAGCAACCUAAUAAAUACUUAACAAUAGAAACUCCAAUAUCUAAAUAUUCAGAAACACCCAAUAACGCAAUCUCAAACUCAAAAACAAUUUCUUAAAAACUCUAGAAAUCCACUUUGAGUCGUGAUCCACUUAAUCACAUAACAAUAUUAGUAGUUGUUAAUGGAAUUUACUAUAUUGAGUCUAAUAUAGGAUAUUACUAAAAUCUACCUGUUAUAACAUCGAUAAAUUAAUGCAGAACAAAAACUUAAUCUAUCUGUUAUGAUGUCUUAUUAAUAGAUAAAUUGACUAUCGCAGAAUGUGAAGAUGAACAGAAAAAUAGCUAUUUGAUUAUAAUAAAUUCAACAAAGACAAGUUAUCUUGAUAUUGAUAAACCAAUCUCUGAUUUUAGAAAAAUAGACUAAAUUGACAAUUAUAUGUUUAGAGGAACUGCAAAUAAAAUUUAUAUAUAUAUUGAAGAAGAAAAUAAUUUAAAGUAUUUAAAUACGUUAGAUGAAAACACGUUAAAAGAACUCUUAAAAAAAGAUUCUUUUAAAUUGUUAAUCAAGGAUUUUCAAAUUCAUACAAAUGGAUAACUUAGUAUAAUGAAUGCUUAUGGUGAAAUUAUUAUUGUUUAAUACCAAAAUAACUCAUGGAAUUUAAUCAAAAUAAUUGAAACUAAAUUAAAUGAUGUCUAAGGGUAUGAUUAUAAUAUCUACACCAAUACUUAUGGUAUAAUAUCAAAAAAUAAAAUCUUGUAUUAAAAUAGGGAUUAAGAACAGUAAAUAGCAGAUAUCUAAAACUAAGAUGUUUUAUAUAAAAUAUAUAUAACUAAAAAAAAUAUACUCUUAUUUUAUAAUAAUACAAUAACAUUAUUAAAUCAAAAAUUAGAAAAAAUAUACAAUCUCAAAUUUGAUGAUGAGGAAAUUUUUAUAAAUACAAAUCCAAAUGCAGAAGGUUUUAUAUUUAUAUCAAAAACUAGAGUGGCUGCUUAUGCAAUAAAUGAUAAUUAUUCUUUAUAAUUAUCAUUAAUUUCUACAAUUAGUGAUAAUUAUUAAAAGGCCACUUUAAUUUAAGAGUCUUAUCCAAAAAAUUGUGAAAUAAUUGUAUUUUAUAAAACUGAAGAUUAUGGAUAUUCGAAGAUUUUAUAAUCUUAAUAUUCUUAAGGUUUGAUAGCAGGUGGUAUUAAUACAGAUAGUAAUGAAAUCAAUAUAAGACCUAUAUUUUAAGGUUCUAAUUUAAAAUAUCAAUUUCAGGCUAAUAGUUUAAUUAAAAUUGAAAUUGAUAAACAUAAAAUUUUUUAGAUUAAUGGUAUUUCUGAGAAUCAAGAAUUAGGGUAUCGAAAAAUAUUGAAAGGAAAUGGAGAAAAGAUAUUUUAUCUUAUUUAAGAAGAUGCUGAUCUAUAAAUGAAAGGUUAUUUUUGUGUAGGUAAUAUUGAACUAAGUUGUAAAGUUCUUUUUACAAAAGAUAAUUUUAAAAAGUUAUAGAAUUCAUUUGAAUAAUUAUGGUGGUCUAAUAAUGAAUCAUUAUUCUUUGCAACAUUUCAAGAGAAAAUUAUUACAAUUUAUAGUUUAUCAACUGAAACAAAUAAUUUUGAAAUUUUAACUACAAUUAAUUUAGAAAGUAAUGUAAAAUAAAUAGUAACAGAUGGUUUUCAUUUAUUUGUAUUAAUUGAAUAAUAAAUAAAAAUUUAUGAAAUCACAAUUUCAGAUAAAUUUAAAUUAAUAAAUACUUUUGAUAUUGUUGCUCAAAAAAUCUAUGCAUCAUAAUAUGUAAAAAAUUAAUUAUUUAUUGAAUAAGAAUUUAAUUUAUAUUUGUAUGAUAUUGAAUAUGAUUUAUAAACUCUUAUUUGGUAUGAUACUAUUUAAUUUGAAUAAUCAGAAUCAAAUUUAGCUAUUUUUAAAAAUCAUUUUUUGAGAUUUACUAAACCAAUCAAUAAGGAUGAAUAUAUUGUGACAGUCUUUAAUUAUGCAAAUAAAAGAAAUAUAUAUAUGGAGAAACAAAUAUUAUUUAAUUAUUAUUCUAAUAUUAAAUUAUCUACACUUGAGUAUUCAUUUGAGAGAAAUCUAUUUUAUAUUCAUGGAUAUAAUAAGUAAAGUUUAAGCUAAGUUAUUUUAGUUUAUAAGAUUACAUCAAAUAGUUUAGAUACAUUAUUUUAUUUAAUUAAUAUAAGUACUACAACCAUAUUCACAGUAGCAGAUACCUAUGUGCUUAAUACAGAUAUUGUGAAUAAAUAGAUAGAAAAUUAUUACAUUACUGGUGAUCUUUUAAUUACAAGCAAAUUAAAUCAAAAUUAUUAAUAAAUAUCAUAUACAAGAUAGAUCUAAUUAGAUUUUGAAGUUACUAAUGAUUUAUCAAAUAAACUUGUUUAAUCAAUUUUUAUAAAUAGUGUAAAUAGAGGUGACAAAAUUUUAAAGUUAAGUGAUAAAAUUAAUUUAGAAUAUUAAAAGAAUAAUGAUACUAUAAAAUGUGUAUAUUUAGGUUAAGAUUGGUAUUCAGGUUAAGUUUUUGAUAUUGAAAUUGUAAACUAGUCAACAAAGAUUAAAUUUAAUCCACCUUUAACUAAAGAAGAAGAAAUAUUGGAAUUUAGUCCAUAAAUAUAAGAACUUAACAGUAGUAGAUUAGUAUAAUUAAUGUCAAAUAAACUUAAUCUUGUAAAAAAAGAGGAUUUUACAUAUAGAGAAUUUAAAUUAGAUUAAGCUUAUUAAUUUACAGAUAUUUUAUUGAUUGUAGGAGAAAAUAUAUAUGUUUAAGCUGAAACAUAAGAAUCUAUUUGGUUAAGAAUUAUUUAAUGUAAGGAUUAUAAAGAUUGUAUUUUAUUGGAUAAUAAAUUAAAAGUUUCAUAACAUAUAAAAAAGGUUUUUCUUCACUAAAAUAAUUUCUUUUUAUAUGAUGGAAAAUAGAUUCAAGUUUAUGAUACAAAAGGAGAUCAAACAAAUUUAGAAUAGUUUGAAUUAUUUUAAAGUUUCCCUUAGUAUAUUUACAUUAAGUAAAUGGAAUUUAAUCAUUUAUAAGGAAAUGUGUAUUAAUUUAUUUCAGUUGAUAAUUGGGGUAAUCCUGAAUUCUAAAUGAGAGAAAUUAGUAGAACAUCAACAAAAAAUUAUUUUGUUAGAUAUAUAAUUGAUUCAUUAAUUAAUGAAUAAAAGAUAAAUUUAUAAGAAAUUUAAUUAUCAGCUGGAUUUGUUUUAAGAAAAAAUGAGAUUACUAUAAUCUUUAAGAAUAGUGCAUCAUAUUCUUUUUAUUAUGAAAUGGAUUGUUCAAGAAAUGAAUUAUGUGAAAUAGCUAAGUUUAAAUUUAAUGGAUUAUAUUAAUAAUAUAAAGAUUGGCAAUUACAUGAUUUUUAUCCUUCAUUUUAAUCAAAUGAAAAUAUUCUAUUAUUAAUUUAUAAUGCCAAUACUCAUUAUGAAUUGUUGAUAUAUGAUAUGGAAACACCAAGUAAUAAUACUAAACCUAAAAAUGUUAUAGCACGUUUACCAUCUCCUGAAAAGAAUUUAGAAUUAAAUUCUUAAAUUGUGUCCUUCAUUUAUACUUUUAAUGGUAACUUACAUUUAUUAACAUCAACACAAAAUUAAAUCAAAUUAUAACAUUAUUCAUUGUUAAGAUCAUAUUAAUUAUGUACAGAAGAAAUUACUUUUGAAGAUUCAAUGAAUUUUAAGAUAUCUAAUACAGAUCAAUAGAUUUCAAUAGAAGAAGAGAUAACAAUAAAAGAAUAUGUACCUCCUACUCCUGAAGAUAAGGGAACAUUUCCUAUUUGGGCUAUUAUAGUAAUAAUUCUUGUUGUACUUUUGAUUGGAGGAGGAAUAUAUAUCUAUUAUAGAUAGAAAACAAAUAAAAAAUAGAAUACUAAUCUAUUAUUGGAUAGUUGA